AUGGGAGUUCGAAGAGCACUCCACCUUCUGCUCGUGUGCCUGAGCCCAGCGCUGCUGAGUGCUGUGCGGAUCAACGGGGAUGGCCAGGAGGUCCUGUACCUGGCGGAAGGUGAUAACGUGAGACUGGGCUGCCCCUACAUCCUGGACCCUGAGGACUAUGGCCCCAACGGACUGGACAUCGAGUGGAUGCAGCUCAAUUCAGACCCCUCCCAUCGGGAGAAUGUCUUCCUGAGCUACCAGGACAAGAGGAUCAAUCACGGAAACCUCCCCCACCUGCAGCAGAGGGUCCGCUUCGCCGCCUCGGACCCCAGCCAGUACGAUGCCUCCAUCAACCUCAUGAACCUGCAGGUGUCGGACACGGCCACUUACGAGUGCAGGGUGAAGAAGACCACCAUGGCCAGCCGGAAGGUCAUCGUCACUGUCCAAGCGCGGCCCGCGGUGCCCAUGUGCUGGUCCGAGGGCCACAUGACCCACGGCAACGACGUGGUGCUGAAGUGUUUUGCCAACGGCGGCACCCCGCCGCUCUCCUACAAGUGGGCCAAGAUCAGCGGGCACACCCACCCCUACCGCGCCGGCUCCUACCACUCCCAGCACAGCUUCCACUCCGAGCUCUCCUACCAGGAGUCCUUCCACAGCAACCUGAACCAAGGCCUGAACAACGGUGACCUGCUUCUGAAGGACAUCUCCCGCGAGGAUGACGGGCUCUACCAGUGUACAGUGGCCAACCACGUGGGCUACAGUGUGUGCGUGGUGGAGGUGAAGGUCUCAGACUCCCGGCGCAUAGGCAUGAUCAUAGGCGCAGUGCUGGGCUCUCUGCUCAUGCUGGCCUGUCUGAUGGUGGGCAUCUGGGGGCUCAUCUGCUGCUGCUGCGGGGGCCCCGGGGCCGGCGGCGCCCGCGGUGCCUUCGGCUACGGCAACGGCGUUGGCGGCGGGGUCGGCGGCGGCGGGGCCUGCGGCGACUUGGCUAGUGAGAUCAGAGAGGACGCCGAGGCGCCCGGGUGCAAGGCCAGCGGGCGCGGCCGCAGCGUCACCCACCUGCUGGGGUACCCGACGCAGACCGUCAGCCGCUCCCUGCGCCGCAAGUACGCGCCCCCGCCCUGCGGCGGCCCCGAGGAUGUGGCCCUGGCGCCCUGCGCCGCCGCCGCCGGCCCCUGCGAAGCGGGCCCCUCCCCGGUCUACGUCAAGGUCAAGAGCGCCGAGCCCGCCGACUGCGCCGAGGGGCCGCGGCAGCGCACCGACGGCCUCCUGGUGUGA